UCGAUGAGUAUACCAACAACCAUAAAAGACUUUAUUCGCAGUUCAUGCAGACGAACGAAAAGGAACUGCCACUUGUUGUUGAAUUCGAAUAUUGAGCAUACGAAAUCGAUUACAAUUUUCUUUGCUUCUUUGAUUAGACAGCCGUAUUUUAUAAAAUGAAGUUAUUUGUGUUGACGCUGCUUGUUGCAGGUUCAAUUGCCACGCAUGUAGGCACAAAUCAGUUGGAUAGAGCAGGCAAACAUAUGGCUGGACGUUUUCCUCGCAGGGCUGAGGAUUGUAUUGGUGAAGGGUGUAAAAAUCCAACAAUAACAGUCGCUGAUACGUGGGCAGGCAUAUGUUACACAGAUCCUGAAACUAAACAUCCACGAUGCAGUGAUAAGUUUUGCUAUCCGGAUGAAAUCAUUGACCGAUCUACUUGUAAACCAGACGGCCUCCUAAAAGACUGCAAAUGUAUUAAGAAUCCGGACAUAACAUUUAUUAAACCUACAACUGUACCACCAACACCAGAUCCUUUCGUCGGAUGCGAAUCGUGUAUCAACUCGAAAUUGAGUAUAUCAGACUCAUUCGCCGGCCAGUGCAUUCCACAUCGAUCAGGUAGUGAAUGCAAGUGUAUAUGUGGUGACGUAUUUUGCAAACCUGGACAACAAAUAGAUAGAACAACUUGCGUCGUGGGUGGAUCACUAAGUGACUGUAAAUGUAUGGAUGUAGUUGUUACUUCGACAGCAUCUACUCCGAUAGAAGAAUAGCAAAGAAACACAUUGAGCUUGAAAACGUAAGAUUAACUAGGAAAACGGAAACAGUUAAAAUAAAUUGGUCUCGAAUUUAA